AUGCAAUCUGGAUCUCAUUUUAAGCCUGACAUUGUUUUAUAUAACACUAUCAUCGAUAGUCUUUGUAAGGACAGGUUGUUACAAGAGGCCCUAGACCUGUUCUCCUCCAUGAAAUCUGAGGGCAUUAAACCCAAUGUUGUCACUUAUACUUCCUUGGUUCGAGGCCUCUACAAUUCCGGCUGUGGGGAUGAGGCUCAGCAUGUGUUGACUGAGAUGUUACAGAGCAACAUAGCACCUAAUCUUCAGACCUACAGCAUGCUGGUUGACAUGUUUUGUAAAGAUGGGUGUGCUGAUCAAGCACAGUCCAUUCUACACCACAUGACUAAGAGAGGUGUGCCUCCAAACAUCCUUACUUAUAAUGCAUUACUUGAUGGUUAUUGUUUGCGCGGUCAGAUGGAAGAUGCAGAGAACCUACUUGAUCUCAUGACAAAAAAUGGUUGUGAGCCUAACCUGGUAAGUUUCAAUACUAUGAUUAAUGGAUAUUGCAAGGCUAAAAACAUUGACAUGGCCCUAAACAUUUUCCAAGAGAUGUUUCGGAAAGGAAUAACCCCUGAUCUUGUUACCUAUAACACUCUUAUCGAUGGACUCUGCAAAGCCAAUAGACUCCCAAUGGCACAUAAGUUGUUCAAAGAAAUGCGGGCUCAUGGAAUUGCUCCAGAUGUUGUGACCUAUGCCUCCUUGCUUGACAGCCUUUGCAAAAGUGAUCGGCUUGACGUGGCAGUGAAAUUACUAGAAGAAAUGGAGGAUAAUGGUGUUAAGCCAGAUAUUGUCAUCUACAAUAUUCUAAUAGACAACUCGUGUGAGGCUGGACUACUUGAAGAUGCAGCAAAUUUCUUCUCCGAUCUCGCUUCUGCAAGAAAGGUCUCAUGA